AUGAUACCGACCCAGCAGAUAUUCGCUUGGUUCCACCGGGCCGCUUGCUGCAUUUGGCACGGCAUUCUGGAGCCCGUCGUGCUUGGUGGAUCAGACGCAAUCAUCCUGUGCUGCAUCGGAUUCAGGUGCACCAUGGUAUUGGCCAAGACCACUCCGGCGACAGUUAUCGUGAAGGCUUGCAGGAGGCGUUGCUCGCUGCCAAUGGCAUUGUCCCGCAACCCUGGGCUCCAGUGGACCAAGCUGCUGUGUGCGCCUGCUGCUCCACAGACUUCGUGUGGUCCACAGUGCUCCGCUCUGAGCCUCAUCGCCUAG